AUGGCGCUGUGUAGGAUUCUUGCAUGUAUACAAGUAUACAUUUUCACAAUAGUGUUAGUGGGAUGUUCAGACCACAGUGAAGACAACUAUCACAUAGAGCCCCCAAACCCACCAGGUGCGACCUACCCCAUCCUGCUGCACGAGCGUGACGUCAUACAUUACGUAGACAUCAACAAAGAGUUUGUGUACGUGGGGAAUGGCGCCUACGCCAACAUCACCCAGGGGGAGCUGCGAGACACGGGCACCCCCGUCAUCAUCAAGAAGUUUGGCAACUCGCCGUUUUAUGAUAUCAUGCACGAGGCCAGAAUACACAGACACUUGGAACACCUCAACAUAACGCCGCGUCUGAUUGGUUUUAUCCCGGCUGGAGAUAUGUCCCGCAACAUUUCAUUGGUCUACGAAUACGUCACCAACUCACGCAAUGUUUACCAACUCAUCGACGACCGAAUUUCGUUAACGAGAUCACAAUGGAUCCAAGUAUGCAUGGAAACAGCUAUGAUGUUACGCCAGCUACAUCUUCACGAGGUCCUCUACAACGACCUGCACCGAAAAAAUAUUUUAGUUCAAAAAGUGGCGGACCAAAUUAAAACGUACAUUAUUGAUUUUGGCCUGGCCACUUACAAAACCGGCAAGUUGUACAAGAACGAUGAGAAGUCUAUCGAAGGCUACAAUUACCUUGCACCGGAAUUGGUCAACAGAACUUUCACGAACGAAGCCUCCGAUGUCUUUGCUGUGGGGUACGUCAUCUCCAAGAUCACAAAGAGGUGCAACCAGCAAUGUUUGCGAAACCUCGGCCGAUGGUGCCUAGCCAGAGAUCCUAAGGACCGACCGGAUCUGACUGCUGUGAUAGCGAAACUAGAACAAUGUUAUUUCGAGGAGACAAUGUACUACGAGUUACGUAACUGCCCGAGUCAGUUCUGCUUGGAACUUUCAAAAAUUAGAUUUUCUGAAAUAUAUAACAACGAAACAAACAUGACGUUGGUUUUUGAUACAUUUUUUCAAAAAACAAGAACAUUGAUCUCGUCUUUAAAACUCCAAGACACCAAGCAACCCCUUUUUAAACAGACAGCUUGGAUAGACAUAAGUGAAGACUACUUACAAUGCAACUGCCGCUUGCAAGUUCUCAACGAAGACGAUUUCGUCCAAGGCUAUAUGGAGUAUAUAAAAAAAGCCGACAACUUCACAGACACGGCAAUCAGGCUUGGGAAAUUAAAAGAAAACAACGAAACCGUUAUCGUGAAAGAGUUCUACGAUGUUGAUUUUGAAGACAUACGUCACGAAGCUUGUGUGAACGCUUUGUUAGCAGAGAAGGGCGUGGCACCUUUAUUUAUAGGUCUGGCGAUUGAAUACAAACUUUUAAAAGACGCCGCUUUCGUGGAAGAAUACUUCGGGGCGGGCGUCACUUUGAAGGUUUUUGUGGAAGAGACCCGCGGGUAUGAUUGGAGUUUAAGACGGAUGAAGGCCGUAGCUCAGGAUGAAGACUAUAUGGAGUCAGACAACCCACGCGCCGACGAGUGUCGAGUUAAUUUGGUUGAAAUUUUGUUCGCCCUGGUCGCCGAUAUCUCACGCCCCGUCUGCAAGGCGAAAUCUCUCAGGCAACGAAUUCUCGAGAACAUCUCCCUCAAGUUCAUCUCCCAUACCCUAUCAACCCACGAAGCUGGCGUGUUGAUAAACAAUUUAAGACUCGAAAACACCAUCGUUAAAUGGAACGAUACGGUCCAAAGAAAACCUUUACCGAGAAUCGAUACUAUAAUAGAUAUAAGACUUAUCGAUCUCGCCCUAGCAACGUCGUUGUUAGAUGGUAUUCAGUAUAAGAAAACACCACUUAUCGACAAUACAUAUCACUACCUGGCACCAGAAGUUGUGUUGGGGUGGAAGUCAACUGUCAAAUCAGACACCUUCAGCAUGUGCUACGCUCUGCAGAGGAUCAUGAAGGAGUAUUUCUCCGCCAACGACGUGGCGUCGGAAUUUGGGAAAUACCGAUUCAAGUCAAAACUAGGUCACCGGGCGCCCCUCUGCCAAAACGAGGCGUGCUCGGUGAAACAGAACAACAGUACCGUAUCCAUGACAACAGGUACACAAUCUGCAGACGUGUCCAAUCGGAUUUCCCCUUAUAGCAAAUAUCAAGAUUUGCUUUUAAAAUGUCUGUCGAGAUCGCCAAAAAACAGACCAAGCAUUCAGGAAAUUUUUAACGCAUUGCAUCAUCUUUCAUUCAAUGACAUUCAUUGGCUGUGGUUUUAGAUAUUAAAUUUUUUUUUUAAAUA